AUGGAAGGUUUCCUCCUCCUCUAUCAGCCCGUGGAGGCGGGAUUUUGGUGUAUACCAUGGUUUCUGGUUUCAUUCCUGGGGGUCGCACGUUUGAUCCCUCGGGGUUCCUUCCCCCGAGGACCGCGGGUUUCGCCCCCCGGGCUGUGUCCCCGGGGGUCCCUGGCCGUGCCGGACCUUAACCCUCCCCUCCAGAACCUGAUCUUCCGAUACCUGCAGAACAGAUCCAGGAUCCAGGUGUGGCUCUAUGAGCAGGUGAACAUGAGGAUAGAAGGCUGCAUCAUUGGCUUUGAUGAGUACAUGAACCUGGUGCUGGAUGAUGCAGAGGAGAUUCACUCCAAAACAAAGUCCAGGAAGCAGCUGGGUCGGAUCAUGCUGAAAGGGGACAACAUCACCCUGCUCCAAAGUGUUUCCAACUAGGAUUUGUUCUUCACAACAGUGGCUGGAAUGCUCUGGAGUGACUGAAGUGUCAGUGGGAGCAGGACUGGGCAGUGGGGAGGGAGUUGUGAUAACUGGGGCUGUGCCAGGGCUGGGAACUGCCCCUUCCUCUGGGGGGGAUUUUUUUUGUAGUUUGAUGUAUUUGGCAAAUAAACAUUUUUCAUGUUACCUGUAAA